UCUCUCUUUAAAUACCAGUGAUCAAUCACUCAAAAGAUUCAAACUUUGAUCACCCAUCAUGUUUCUCUCCCAAGAUUCUCAUCUGGGUCUUCAAAAUUUCUUGAUUUAGUCCUCUCUUUUUCUCACAAAUUCUCUUUCAUUUUUGCCUUUGGUUUGUCUCAGAAUUUCUUGAUUCUUUGGUUGCACAUUGCAUCCAAUUGAAUUUCAUUGAUUCUGUUCUUCAUCAAUGGUGAUUCAGUGUGGAAUUCUAAGUGCUGGAUGAGUGUUGAUCAGAUUGAUCACCAAGAAAUCAAAUAAAAAAGAACCAAUUUGAUUGAAACUUGAUCAAAAUUUUUGUGCUCUGGCAAUUUCACCAUGACUUUCCCUGAUCACCUUCCAACUUUUGCGAUGAUGUCGCCGGCGCGAUUUUCAUCGGACAGUGACGCCAUUGAUGUGAGGCAUCAAUUCCCAAUGAGCAACGAACCAUUGAACCCACGUUCAGGGUUUGAUCAAGCCCCUCCAUUCAAAAGGGCCAGGAAUUUUGACAAUGGCCACUCCAAUGGCUUGUCAGGCCCUCCCAGGGCGAAUCAGCAGCCGCAGAAUUCCCAACCCAACCGUGGAACGAGCCACAUUUUCUUCAAGACCCGCCUUUGUGCCAAGUUCAGACAUGGUUCUUGUAGGAACGGUGAGACUUGCAACUUUGCUCAUGGUGUUGAUGACAUGAGGCAGCCACCGCCAAAUUGGCAGGAGAUUGUUGGCUUGCGCGGGGGUGAUGAACGGCCAUUGUCGGGGAAUUGGGAUGAUGACCAGAAAAUCAUUCAAAAGAUGAAGCUGUGCAAGAAGUAUUACAAUGGGGAGGAAUGCCCUUAUGGUGAAAAGUGCAGUUUUCUCCAUGAAGACCCUGGCAAAUUCAGGGAUGAUUCAGGGAGGUUCAGGGAGAGCUCGGCUAUAAGCAUCGGAACUAAUGGAUCUCCAAAGUCAUAUGGUGAUGGCUCUAAUAAUUCUGAAGGUAAUAGCAAGGCUGUGGACACAGGCUCAAACAUUUCCAAGGGAAACGUAAAGUCCACUUACUGGAAGACUAAACUGUGCAUCAAGUGGGAUAAAACAGGGAACUGUCCCUUCGGGGAGGAUUGUCACUUUGCUCAUGGAGAAGGAGAGUUACAAGUUCCUGGUGGACGCACUGAAGUAGAAAGUGCUGCAGUUGCAACUUUACCAAAAGCCUUAUCAGUUGCUGCCAAUGAAGCAACUACUACCCAUGCAGCAAGUGAAACUCCUAUGGAUGAAGAUGAGCAGGCCAAGAAGCGUUUACAGAAGUGGAAAAUAAACAAGAAGAUCAAUCGAAUUUAUGGUGAUUGGAUUGACGAUUUACCUCUUGUUAUUCCAAGUGAAAUGGAGACAUGAGUUCUGAGCUCUUGAGAACCCCUACAUCAAAUUGGAUGAGGAUACUUCUUUUUGAAGAUGUGGUCACUGGUUGCUGAGAACCAGUUCAUUUGUUUCUGCUUCUUUUUUCUAUUAAUUGUUACUUUGUUUCUGGUUAGAGAUGUGCAAUUGUCAGCACACUUGGGCGAUUUUUUCUGGAUUUAAGAAUUAAGAUAGAUUUUGUUACAAAAGUACAAUUCUAAAGUCGUUGUGUCGGAAUCAGGGUUGGGUUCAACAAUUGUGUUAUUUCUGAACCCAAACCCAGGCCUUAAAUAGGUUAAGUUACAUAUACUUUUUUAAUUUCUAUUCA